GUUUGAAUUUUCAUAACGCUUUGGGCGCACACACAUACUGUUUGUUCUUGCGCAUCCUGUCGGAUAUUCGAAUCGACCAUCAUGAGUUGUUCUAAUUCUUCCAGCCUUUGUGCCACUUCGUGUCCAAUAAACUCGAACACCUUCCCUGGAAAGUUGUGGAAGCUGGUGAAUGGAGGACGAUUCCAGUCCAUCGGUUGGAGCAAUGGUGGAAGCUGUAUAGCAAUAAACGGCACAACCUUCAAAAAUGAGGUUCUCUACAAUGAUGAAUUCAGUGUCUUCAAAACACAGAACUUUUCUAGUUUUGUGCGACAACUCAAUCUGUAUGGUUUCCGCAAACUUGCUGCCGUUUCCUCGAAGGACAGCAUGUCAGGGGAGGACAUUCAUCACUUUCAGAAUCCCUACUUUAACCGCAACCGACCAGAACUGUUGGGCCACGUUCGUCGGGCCAGUAGUCGCCGUCGAGGCAACAGUGAGAACUCUGAGAGCUCUUACUUUACGACCACUCCUUAUCGCUUUAGCUCAGCCUGUUCUUCUACGGGCUAUCCACAGACGUUGUUCCACCAUCAGGGACUCACGUAUGCUCCAGUCAAGCAUCAUAUCCCACACACCAGACCUCUCCAAGAUAUCAAUCGCUUCAGCCCGUAUGUCCGACCGCACUCCUACGGCUUUGGUCCAGGGCAAGAAUGUUAUGGCCGGACAUGGGAGGCUGGUGGAAGUGUACAGGGGCUUACAUUAAUUGCAAACACGGUGAGCGGCUCACUCACAGCUACUUGCCCAUCACAACCUAAACUAGUCGACUUUCCCUCCCUGUACAACCAAGAAGGACAGCUGAGAAAAUUUGUUGUGAUACAGGAUGACUUUGGCCAAGUGUUUCGAAGGUCAAAUCAUGAUAGCCAUUCUCUGCCAGGAAGAAAUGGACUCCUCUUGUCCCACAGCUGUGACCCUAUGAUGUGUGCUGUGGCGCAGCCUAGUCCGCCUCACCAGGCACUACCUCAGACAUUCAUCGUCUCUCCUCCUUCUGAACAUCAAUCCCAAAGGCCGACACAGAAACCCACUCACCAGGUAAUCCAGUCUCCCGUCAAAUCACCUUCAAAAGUAUAUACCGAGCUCUCAUCUGUGACGUCUGCCAAGGCACCAACGUGUGACUCCUAUCAGAUGAGAACAACAGUGAUUACAUCUCUUCCAAUGCCAGCAAGUUGUGGCACCAUUGGUGCACUGUGUAGCACCACCGAUAAAAAAGUGCCCUCCUCUCUUGCUACUUAAUUAAACGUUGCAUAUAAUAAAGAUACUGCAAAGUGAGUUUUUCGAAUAGCAUUUGUAAUUCAUUCAAGUUACCAAACGCUUUAUGCAUGUCCUCUGCAGUAUCAAGCAUUAAUGUAAAGGCUAUGCAUUCGUUUUUGGUUGUUUUUGAAUUGCCGUAAAUUAAGAUGUUUCUUUGUGAAAGUUUAGAUUCAGCCUUAUGAUCUUUGCGAGUGAAAAUAUUGAUCUGGACAUUUUCGUUUUUGCAGAAAAAUCCAGUCACUUUAAAUCGAUCUCUGAAAUGACGUUUCAUUAUUGUCCGUAGCUGUGUUUAGAAGAAAAUUUCGUGUUUCUGCUUAAGUUCACGAAAAAGUGUUUUGAAUAAAGUAAAGUUAAAAUCAUUUAUUGAAACAAGAAAUUGUAUAAUUACAGUUAUGAGGUUAACUUGGAAUAGAAAAAUAGAGAAUGGCGCUUGAAGACAGAUAACUAUAGAAGAAUAAUAGUUUGCAUGUGAGUUUUUGAGUGAUUUUAUCACAACUAAUAUCCCCCAUUUUGUGUUUGUUUGUGUUAUACUCCCUUUAAAGACUACAGGUGUGAUUGAUUCUUCACCCACGACCUCGUAAAAAAGUUUAUUAAGAGUGUAAAUGACUUUUUCCUGGGAAACGUAAAUUGAAUUGACGUGGUUUUAAAAUUGAAUAAUUAUUCGUUGGGUACAAUAAAUACAAAAUUGAUUGU